AUGGGUUUCGAUAUAGAAUGCAUAAUCAACAUUCAAACUUAUCCUGGGGAAUACUUCUGUCCUGUUUGUCGUACACUCGUGUAUCCAAGUGAAGCAUUUCAGACCCAAUGUCGUCACCUGUACUGCAAACCGUGCUUGGAAUACAUUGCUAAUGGCAGUAAGACCUGCCCUUAUGAUGAAUUUAUGGUGACUGAGUCGGAUUCUAAGCCAUUAAUGGAUUCCGAUAAAGCACUAGCUGAAAAUAUCGGCAAAGUUAAGGUGCGAUGUCUCUACUUCCGGAGUGGAUGCCCAUGGGAAGGGCCUCUUUCUGACUGCACUGCCCAUUGUUCUGGCUGUACGUUUGGAAACUCGCCUGUAAUAUGCAACAGAUGUGGUAUCCAAAUCGUGCAUCGCCAAGUACACGAUCAUGCUAAGAGUUGUCUUGGUACACACGAAGGGCAACAAGCAGCUGGGGAUGUUUCGUCCGUUGCUAAGUCUGGAACAAUCUCGUCUACUGCUGAUGUGAAUCAUCAGGCUGCUGUUCAAUCUGGACCUCCAGUUUCCCAGGCCCAGAAUCCCCAAAAUGCCCCUGCUGCUACUCCUUUACCUGGGCAAAACAACGUUCAGCCUCAGGGAAGUGCUGCCUUUCAGUCCCCAGCUGUUGCUCCUGUUGCUGCUGUGCCUACACACGAGCAGUGGUAUCAACAACAAUAUCAGCAGUAUUAUCAGCAGUAUGCUGCGGGAUAUGACCCCUAUCAACAGCCCAAUCAGCAGUAUUAUUCUCUUCAGCAACAGCCCGUUCAGCAGUACCAGCAGCAUCCGGCUCAAGUUCAUGGUCAAUACCAAUCUCAUGUAUACACUCAGCCCCAGCAACAGUCAUAUCCUGUUCCUCAGGCCCCACAACAGCCUUAUACCCCACAAGCCCAAGCACAAGCCCAAGCCCAAGCCCAAGCCCAAGCCCAAGCUCAUACACUUCCUCAAGCUCAGCCCAAUGUGGCACUUCAAUCUCAAGGCCAGGCCCAAGCCCAGGCCCAGUUAUAUGCGCCUCCGAAUCAAACUUCCGUACCGAACUAUCAAACCAAUCCGCAGCAACAAACUCAUCCUCAAUUUCGGCCCCACACUCAGAUUCCCCCGCAGACACUACCACCACCACCUCCUCAGACUCAGCCCACUCACCCACAACAGCCAUAUGGGCCUCCGAAUCAAACUGUUGGUUUGCGGCCCACUUCCCAACAUAAUCAAUACCAGCAACCUCCUCCAAUGCAAAUGCAUUAUCCUCAACCUCCUCAAGCACAUUCACAACAACCUCAAAUGCAGUCCCAACCCCAAGCACAAGUCCUAACUCAACCGGCCCAAUCUACAAGCCAGUUGCUUAGUCAAAUCCAACCACAACCACAAGCACAACCUUAUCUUACUCAGUCCCAACCUCAACCUCCUGUUUUCCCUCAAGUCAACAACCAGUCAGCUCCUGCUGCCCUGCCACAGGCUCCUCAUCAGCCAGUUCCUCCUGUUAGUGGGCACCAGUCCUAUAUAAAUCCUCAGCUUCCCCAAAAGAUGCAUACAGGAGUCCCGCAGCAACCCCCGAUGAACCCACAGUCUGCAAGUGGUUCACAACAUCCAAUUCAAUUACAUGGUCAAAUACCGCAACAACAUGCACAGAUGCAGCCACCUAUUCAUGGAUCAGUGCCUCAACAUCCACCAACAAUGUUGGCACCACAUAAUCACCAGUUUCCACCUUAUCCCCAACAUCGUCCUCUCACGCAGCCAGCUGUACAGCCGCUGCCUCAGAAUUACACUCAACAGCAGCAGCCCUUGUUUUCUCAUCAGACGGGACAUCUUAUGCCACAACAGUCCAUGCAAAUGCAGAUGCACCCAUCAGGUCCUCCUCCUGGCCCGCAGCCUCAAAAUUUUGUUGGGAGGCCACUAAUGCCAAACCAGGGGAUACAUUCUCAAAACCAUCCUUAUCCAUCCAAUCAGGUUGGUGGCUCAAAUCACCCUGGACCUGCUCAACUCCCUUCAGCUCAGACUCCUGUAAAUCAAAAUUAUGCAAAAUCUACUGUGCUGGAGCCAAAUGCUACUACCCAAGAAACUAUAUCCGCGUCGAAGGUAGUGGUUGAAAAGGUAGGUGAGCCCCUGAAUGAGGAAAAAGUAGUCGCUGGGCAAAAUGGGGUCGUUGUCAAGGACAGGGAGAGAGAUGCAGGUGUAAAUAAGUCUAUUAAGGAAGAUGAGAAUCAUGUUCAGAGUGCAGUGGAGCAAGCAACUGAUGGGAAAUCCUUUGAAGAUGGAGCUGAAGAAGUUGGCUUGAAGAAAGAGGGGAAAGAAUCUGAUUUGUUGAAACAAAUGGACCUUGAGAAUCAAAAGUCGAUGUCGGCAAAUGAAGUUGGGACAGGUCCAUCCUCAACCAACUUGGUUGAGCAACCUCACACUGCUUUGCCUGCAUCUGGUGCUGAAGGGCAUGUAUUACCCCCUCAUGCUCAUGGUUCCCAACAGCAAAGGCCUCAAGGUCCACUUCUCUCGACUGAAGAAAGGGUGUCUGGUAAUUUUGGCCCUCCUAAUAACUUUAAACGUCAGCCUGAUUCACAAGGACCUGGACUUACUGAUCAACGAGGGAUCAUGGGAAGAGCUCCACCUCUACAUUUGGAGGGUUAUGGCCCUCAACAUGUGGGUAGGUCAAGUGAAGUUCCAAAUGAUCACCUGUCUGGUGCUGGUGAGAGGACUUUUUUUUCUAAAACUCGUGCAGAUGAGUUAAGUUCGUUCAGAAUGAAUGGGUAUGCAGCUGCCGAUCCCUCCAUUUCUGGAUCUAGGGAUGAACAGAAGGCUUUAUCGAGAGACCCUUUGAAUCCAUUUCCGAGGGAACCAAUGCACAAUGUCGAUCCAGCUGCAAGGUCUUUCGAUAAAACAGCACCCCGUGGACCAAUGUAUGAUGCUGUGCCAAAUUUUGGUCACCCACAUCGUCCAUCUGGCGUCCAUGGCCAUGCAGAUGUUUUUGGACCAAGCCAUGAAUUUGACCAUCGCAUGAAUCAUUUUUCUCGUGGAAGUCCUCAUAGAAAUUAUCGUGGCUCUUCUCCACAUGGAUUUGGUGGCCGCUCCAGUUUCCCUCGCGGUACCUCAGGUUUUGAUGAUACCAAAUUUAGGGAAGCACGCAGGUUUGGUGAGGGAUCCCAACCUUUCAACCAUCCUUCUGAUCCAGCUGGUAUUCCAUUUCAUGAUGGUCGAAUGCCGCCCAUGUCUGGUCCAAUGCGAAGAGGGGACCUUGAUGGCCCAAGAAAUCCUAGGUUUGGUGAGCAUGUGGCGCCUGGACACUUCCAUAUGAAUGAUCCUGCUGGACCUGGUGCAUUUUCUGGUCGUGGACAUGCAGGAGAGUUUGGUGGUCCUGGGAAUUUUCCCCGUCUUCCUUUCAAUGAAUCUGUUAGAGGUGGCAGUCCGAACUUUUCUCAUUUUGGCGAGCCUCCCAUGAUGAACAACUAUUCUGGGUUCCAUGGUGGUGGAAGUUUUACAGGUGGCAUGGAUUCGUUUGACCACUCUAGGAAGAGGAAGCCUAUAAGCUGUGGGUGGUGUCGAAUCUGUGAGAUUGACUGUCAAUCACUGGAAGGGUUGGACUUGCAUUCGCAGACGAGGGAACACCAGAAUAUGGCUAUGGAUAUAGUCAAAAGAAUCAAGUUGCAAAACAAAAGGCAUCAGAGAAAUAAUGCUGGCCGUAAGAUGAAUGAAGGUGGAAGCAGGAGUAGGAAAAUGAGCAUGGCUGGCCGUUGA